GCAAGAGAAGAAACUCUCGAAGUCAAACCAAUCAGGGCGACUCGCUCCACUUCAUAUGUGCAUUACAGGCCAAGGGCUGAAGGUGAUGCGCCCAUAGAAAGGCCACCAUGGUCCUAAUUGUGCUCUUUCUCCCUUUCCUGGUGAUUGCGGAGCUGCGCAGGGCUAACCAUGCCUCUCACUGCUACUUCUACCAUGUGCUGCCCGACAUGCUAAUGAUCGAGAAGUACUUCCGCACCCGCACUCAAGAUUUCUCGCUCCCCCUCCUCCAGCAUAACACAGACCAGCCUGCAACGGGCGUCCUCGAGGUCUCACUGUUUGCGUUGAAGGGGCUCGCGGCAUCCUUGCUCGCAGCAUGCACCAAUAGGAAAAACAGGAGAUGGCAGCCGGCCUGCUUCAAGUUUGAGUUACAGUUCGGGGACGUUGUCUACUGCUCCAAUCCCCAUACGUUUUCCACUCAGGGAGACACCGCUUUUGUGGACUUCAAUCACAGGAUAGCGUUUCAGGUGACCCGGGGCAUGGCUCCGGAGCUACGGGUCAAAGUCUAUGGGUGCCGGACCAGAAAGCUGACGCAUGGUGUCAAGCUCAAGGCUGUUCUAGGCACCGCUUCUGUUGACUUGAGCGCAUUAGUGACUGUGCCGGAACCUGGCGCUGAUGUCACGCAGAUGUCGCUUUCCGUCCCGCUCUCACGACGGAACGAGGGGGGCAGAGAGCAGGCGCAAGUGGACUUACUUGUGUCCUACAGGCACAAUCCGGAUGUGGUCAAUCAGAUUGUACCUUGGAAUGCAGCGGCAAUUUCUGAUGGACCCGGAGGCCUCCCAGUCACAGGGCCGGAUGGGGCUGUUUGGGUUGCACAUCCCUCCCCUUGUGAUACGCCGGGGGAAAGCAACCGCAAAUAUGGUGUUGAGGACAAAGAGGAGCUUGGAAGCUAUUCCGAGUGCGGGCCUGCUUCUCUCACUUUAGGUGGUCGAGAUUGCCGGCAAGAAGGCGGCGGGCCCCGCUCAAGUAUUCAGAACCGCAGGUUGAGUGAUACAGGCCACCCAGUUGUCCAUACCACUUCGGGUCUGGAAAAUGGUGUUGGCGUUCUAGGUCUCUAGAUUGUUGUUGAGAUGGUCAAAGGCUUUUGGCUUGUCUUGGGUUGUACCAUACUUCUUUGGUUAACGUGUCACUUCGCUGAAAAGGCCCUAUGGUAGGGGAGCAUCUAAAAGCAGAAAGAUACUCAAACUUCAAUGUGCUGCAGGCGGCGGCUAUGAGUUUUGUAAUAGUAUGCGGUGAUGGCAUAAUGUCCAUUGUCAAGGUUGCGUCCAUGAUAUAUAGAUGCUGACUAUAAACUGGAACACUUUAAAAGAGCAGUGUAAUGAAACCCGUACCAAAUCGAAUGCAACAAACUUAUAAGUUUCCUCGGCG